AUGAAGUUUGAGGGUGCUAAUUUUACUAAAACAAGAUACUCGGGGAAGAUUAUAAUCAAUACAAAUUAUUCCUCUCAUUGGAAAGAUUCUGACUGGCGAAGCUUAGAAGUGAAAUGGGAUGUGGCUGCAUCAAUUCCAAGACCUACUAAGGUUUCCCCAUGGGAAAUCGAGGCUUUGGCACCUUCAUCAAAUAUUAUCCAAUCACCUUUGCUAAAGAAUAAACGACCACGUCAUGUUGAUGAAAUUGGUUUAGAUAUGCGGAUUCCUACCCUGACUCAAGGCCAAGAAAUUGGACAGUCAAGCAGGAACUCUCCAAUGAGUAUUUCUCAGUUUAGUAAUUUUGAUGCAACCGAUUAUUCCAAGAUUUCGUCUGGCUGGGUAAUGAACUACUCAGUUCCUACCAUAACUAAGCCGAACAGUAAUGACCAAAUGGUUAUGUCUGUGAAUGAAAAGAUAACCACUGAUACAACAAGUGGUUACAAAUUGUUUGGAGUUGAUAAGAUGAAUCCACCAGAGACGAAAGAUCUCCUUGGACAAAUUGACUUAUAUCAAAAAGUUAAAAUUUCUAGAAUCUCCGAUGAAGAAAAAAUUGAACAAGUCCAAACUCCAGCAUCAUCAAAGAUAUCCAAAGCAAGCAAAUCAAUUCUAGUAGAAGUCGUAUCAAGGUUCGAAUGCAAGGUGUAGCUAUAGGAAGAGCUGUGGAUUUAACUGUUCUUGAUGGAUAUACCCAAUUAAUUAAUGAACUAGAAUCACUUUUGAUCUCAAAGACGAGCUGCGUACGCGCAAUCAGUGGGACAUAGUUUUUGUAGAUGAUGAAGGAGAUAUCAUGCUUGUUGGAGAUGAUCCAUGGAUUGAGUUUUGCAAUAUUGUGAAGAAAAUAUUCAUACGCUCCAAAAAGGAAAGUCAAGAUAAUGAGAUCGAAAAAACAAAUUCUCUAAAGGUGGCUCAACACUGAAAACAACAACAAACAACAACAACUUUUUAAUUUUAAUUUGAUUUUCCACCUCUUUGCUUUUAUCUCAAAAUAAAUACUUUUCAGUGUUGUCAUGUUUUUUCUAUUUCGUUUAUGUG